AUGGCACCCAUUUUCUCUCUUAUUCUUUUUAUCUCCUCCGCCGUCGUCUCCACGGCCACAGGCCGUGACUAUGGCUUCUCCGUCGAACUCAUCCACCGUGACUCCCCCAAGUCCCCUAUGUACAACCCAUCGAAGACUCACUACCACCGUCUCGCUGACAGCCUCCGCCGCUCCAUUAGUCGUAACACGGCGGCACUAACAGACAUAGCAGAGGCCCCUAUUUACAAUAAUCAAGGCGAAUACCUCAUGAAAAUAUCCGUUGGAACGCCGCCGUUUUCGAUUAUAGCUGUUGCUGACACAGGAAGCGACAUCACUUGGACCCAGUGCCACCCAUGCAAAAAUUGCUUCCAUCAAAAUGCACCAAUGUUUAACCCGAGUAAAUCGACGACUUACAAAAAAGUGGCAUGCUCCUCGCCGAUUUGCUUGUUUGCUGGUGACAGUGGUUCAUGUUCCACUCAGUCCUUAGAAUCUGACUGUGUGUACUCGAUUACUUACGGUGAUAGGUCCCACAGCAAAGGAGAUUUUGCCGUGGAUACCGUUACUAUGGGGUCAACCUCUGGCCGCGGUGUGGCGUUUCCUCGUAUGGCGAUUGGUUGCGGUCAUGACAAUGCUGGCACUUUCAAUGUUAAUAUUUCUGGCAUUGUUGGACUCGGGCUAGGUCCGGCUUCACUUGUCACACAGAUGGGACCAGCCACUGGUGGAAAAUUCUCCUACUGUUUAACUCCGGUUGGAAGCAGUAAUAUUGUGCCUAGCAAACUUAACUUUGGUUCUAAUGCCGACGUCUCUGGCUCUAAAGCCGUUUCCACUCCUAUUUAUACUAGUGAUAAAUUCAAAUUCUACUCGGUGAAGUUAGAAGCCGUGAGUGUAGGGAAGAACAAAUUUGAUUUUCCAGUCUAUUCUGUAUUAGGCGGAAAAGCAAACAUCAUCCUUGACUCUGGUUCGACGCUUACUUUUCUCCCGGUGAAUUUAUACAACAACUUCUCCAAGGCAAUUUCCAAAUCGUUAAACCUCAAGCGCACAAAUGAUCCGGAACAAUUGUUGGAUCAUUGUUUUGUGACCACCACCGACGACUACAAACUGCCACUCAUAACCAUGCACUUUGAAGGUGCCGAUGUGCCUCUCCUCCGAGAGAACGUUUUCAUUAGAGUGUCGGACAGCGUAGUUUGCUUGGCCUUUGGCACCCACCAAGACGACGACUUUAUGAUCUUUGGCAACAUUGCACAAACCAACUUCUUGGUUGGUUACGAUAUUAAGAACAUGCUUGUUUCUUUCAAGCCGAUGGAUUGUGUUGCCAUGUGA